AUGUUUCCGCAGAAACUCGUCCAACUCGGGGUGGCGGUGACGUCGGGAAUUGCUGGCGGAUGGCUCGCUUAUAAGCCCUGGCUCGAAAAGCGCAUGGAAGAAAACGAGGCCCUGCGAGCUGCGCGGUCGCAGCGGCUGCAGGAGCCGCAGAAGGACUCGAAGGCCGACCCCAGCGCCUGCUCCGACGUCCCGAAGAAGCCUGAAUAUGGAGAUAACUAG